AUGUUGGGUGUUACCUGUUUCAGACAGUGUGAUAUUGAGAUAUCCAGUGCAUAUGUGGCUUGGAAGGCCAUGGGUAUCAGGUGCACCCGCGGUAACAUACCCGAGGUAUCCCCAGGUGCAGGUGCGGUGUAUGAAUCCGGCCAUACUGCAACUACUGCAUACCCACAUUGCGGUGAUGCGGUGUUCCACGAUGCGGCCAAGGAAGAGAUCCUCGAACAGACAGCUGAAGUCCGAACCACACUUGCUGGGGAGAGGGCCAUAGCUGGCAGUACGAUCCCUUUUGUUGGAUACAUGUCAUUUGCAAUUAUGAGCAACAUGCCAAUUGAAGAAAAUAGCUUGGAAAUGUUGCAAAGAAGUAUGCCUGUAGAUCAACUAGAACUCAAGGAAGGGGAAUCUGGGAGGUUGACUACAGUAACAACUACUCAGCUGGGACUUGCUGUUGUGCAAGUAUUAGCCCUUGAUCAGAAAGAACUUCUGAUACAGGCAGAUGUCUUUCAAUAG